GUUUAAGUUCCUCGCCAUGCGGAAGAACGCAGUCAGCAUCACAUGCGUUGGCUUAAUCUAUCCCCGCCAAUAGGUCGAGAGCAAAGGUCACGCUGUUGCUUUUCUGCUGCGCUUCGAAACUCACCGAUGGCAAACUUUGCACAAAGGAACUCCGGAGAGGCGCUGGCUGGAGACUGCGCUGAGACGCGGAAGGAACACAAGGCUCAGAAGGGGAGGAGGAGCCCCGAGGACGGCUGCGCCUCUGCAAGGUGCCCCAGCGGCUUCCAAGCUGGGAAAGGCCUGGGGAGCACCUGGUCCGAGCCGCUGUCCCCGCCACCCUGCAGGUACGCUUGGAAAAGAAUCAGGAAGCCCUGCAGCAUUGAGACCUCAGGAGGAGCUUCCUUCUUAUCUACACAGGAAAGCAACACAUUGAACAUGUGGCUCUUCCAGAAACUGACAGUGACUUAACGGGAGAGACAGGAAAAACCCAGGGACUUUGGGGGAUCGGUGCGCUCUGGAGGAGACGACAUGGCAGAAAAACAAAGGGAAGAUGGCUUGCAAGAGGGACAACAGGUGCUUCCAGGUUUUAAGCCAUGCAUACAGGAAGACGCCACCCAUGCUCUGCAGCAGGCUGCUGUUGGCAGCCAGUCUCCCAGGCCCAGCAGCCGGGCUGAAAGCUUAAUUCUCCGCCGAGGACAGUUGUUGUCCAACUUCAGCAGAAGUAAAAACAGGUCAAGCAGGCGUUCGGGGAACUGGGCAACGGGGGUGGACACAGCCAGACUAUCAAUGGGUUAUGGUAGCACGAGAAGGAAGGGACUGAAGGAUAUGCUCUUCCAAAGCAGCCAAGCCAAACCCAUGUGGGUGGCAGCUUCCCAUCGGGAGAGCAUUGUGCUAGACACCCAACCAGAUCAGGAACCUCUCAUGGAUGGGAACACUGAUGACUUGUCCUUAGCUCUGGAUCCACUGGAGCACGAGUGGAUGUUGACUGUCGCCCAAGGAGAUGCAGAGAGCAUCCUCAACUUGCUGGCCAAGGACCCCAGCCUGCUCUACAGGAGAGACUUUGUGACGGGCUUCUCUGUCCUCCACUGGUUGGCCAAACAUGGCCGCCAUGAAGACUUGAUUGAGGUGAUUUCUUUUGCGGAAAGGAAUUGCUACCCAUUUGAUGUCAACAUGCCCUCAGCCAGUGGCAGGCUAACCCCUUUGCACUUGGCCGCCCUCCAAGGCCAUGAGAUGGUCAUCAAAGUGCUGGUGGGAGCCUACGGAGCCAAUGCAAGCCUUCGGGACCACAAUGGCCGCAAGGCGUGGCAGUACCUCCGAGCAGAUGCUUCCAGAGAGUUAAAGGAGCUCUCGGGGGCUUGCGAGGAAGACCUGGCCCAGCUAGGAGCUGGAAACGCCAACAACAACUGUGCUCCAUCAACACGAGGUGGAAUCGGCAUGUUCAAGGGGGACAGCAAGGAAGCCAGGGGCAGAGGUCACAGCCAGAGGGCCACGCCUAGACUGUCUUAUUUCAGGAACAUGUUCAGACAAGCCAUUGCGUUCUUCCAAGAGCUUUAGAUGCCUGCCCUGUGGUUGAGGCAGUUGGACCUGUUGGCUGUGAGUGGACUGUAAUCACAGCCAUUAAAUGAGAGGGUGGGACUGUAGGAGGAGGAAGUACUGGAGGUGCUGUUGUGAGAUUGAGAUAUGUUGCCAGAGGGGGAUAGCUUCAGCAAACCUGCCUGCGUUUGCAUUUUGGCCUCGGGUAUGGGAGAACCAAGGCCUGAAAUUUGGAAGGAAGGGGUGGGGAGGGGGUGACAAAAGAGGAUUGGUGUGACAAAGUGGGUGAGACUAAGUUCGGGAAAGCCCCUAUUUGUCUCCUUGUUCCACAGAAAGGAACCUGCAGAUAGGGGUGUGCAUACAGUGUGCUGAAAGCAACUGUAGUUCUGCACUAAGAAAAAUAAAUAAAUUCUGCAACCUGUGC